GGAUGCCAAGCUACGUCGAGGGAGCCUCGGCGCGCCACGGUUCCUUUCUGUUCCCGACUUUAUUGAAACCUCCGCCAGAAGUUACCAUCUCAGCGAACUUUCUCCCCCACUAACCUUUUAAUCCCUACCUCUAUUGCUCUCUACCCCCCCACCGUAAACCGCUCCAUACACACAUUCCCUUUUUCUCUAGAGUUCUUAUCUUGUCUUGAAUCCAAUUCUCCCACCCCUCCCCCACCACCCCACCCCACCACACUCAUCCACCUACCCACCUCACCCUCCAUCCUUCCCCGCCGUAGCAGCCGCAGCUAUCAUAUCAAUGCCUACGGCUACGGCACCAAUCCUCAUGGGCGGGAAACCAGUCCCAUCCUUCUUGACGGAGAACCCGAUCACUUCUCUGUUAUCGUCGCUCUCCCAUUCAUUCUAUGAGCGUCGGGCGACCCUGGGCCUGGGAAACCCGGGCACUGUCGAGAAUGUCUCCCGCGAGGUCCAGAAAGAUGUUUUUCUCAAUAAUUACGCGUUUACGGGGAUGAGGGCGGACUUUUCAAAAAGUUUCUCCAUGGAUCCUAUAUUCCAGACUUCGCAUGCAUUUGCCAUGGGCGCUCAGGGGAUCCCACCCUACACUUUUGCCGCUAUCUUUGGGACCAAUAAGGCAUUCCUUCAAGCCAACCUCGACAAUGAAGGUCAAUUGGCAGGCCGUUUCAAUUACCGCUGGUUACCCGAACUCACCAGCAAAUUCAAUAUUCAAUUGGCACCUCCAAGUCAACCCUCCCAGUCUGUUUUCACGAUGGAUACGGACUACUCAGGCUCAGACUUCUCCGCCGGCAUCAAGGCUUUCAACCCUUCGCUACUGGAAGGUACCCUCACGGGUAUCUUUAUCGGCUCGUAUCUCCAGUCCAUCACCCCCAACCUCGCCCUCGGCGUAGAAUCUGUCUGGCAGCGUUCUGCGGCCUCUCUUGGACCGGAAACAGCCCUAUCGUACGUUGCCCGAUACGCUACCAAGGAUUGGAUUGCCUCGGCACAAUUGCAAGCCGGCGGAGCGCUGCAGGCGACGUACUGGCGCAGGAUCGCGGAGCGGGUGGAAGCGGGAGUGGACUGCCAGCUUACACUUGCCGGAGGAAUGGCCAGGGACGGGGGAGGCGGCAUGAUGGGUGGUAGCAUGAAGAAGGAGGGUGUCACCACCUUGGGUGCUAAAUACGACUUUAGAAUGUCGACUUUUAGAGCUCAGGUGGAUACUCAAGGAAAAUUGGCCUGCAUGCUGGAAAAGAGAGUUGCACCGGCUGUCACCCUAACAUUCGUUGGUGAUGUGGAUCACUUUAAGAAUCAGGCAAAACUCGGCUUCUCCGUAUCCAUCGAAUCCGCCACGGAAGCCAUCCAGGCAAUUCAAGAAAAAGCAGCGCUAUCAGGCACCGGGCCAACCACUCCAUCUGUUCCUUUCUAGAUUUCUCUCUUUUUUUCCCCACAACCGGGAGAGAAAAGAUAGAUAAAUUAUCCGUUUAGUUCUCUCGUCUGUUUGUCUCAUAAUAUUGGAUUCACUUUGGGCGUCCUUGGUUAAUUUAUAGGUGGAAUCGUGAGAGAGAUCAAAAGGGGUUAAAAGUCAGUGUGGUUGUUUGAUGUAGUGUGGAGGUUUUCAUGUACUGGAAGCUGGGGUGUUUUGAUAUAUUAUAUAUAUUU